GUACUUACGAGGAAAUUUUCGAUAAAUACGAGUUUGAAAUAUUCGUUAUUUAAGCGUGCUAAUGAUAUCAAUUUGUUAUUAACAGUUCAUUAGUGCCAUAACAUCACGUACAAUGAUAAUGAAAUUGAAGACGUGUUUUCUUAUAUUUAUUUAUGUAUUCUUUAUAAUCAAUAGUACUAACGCAAAAUAUAGGGCUACAAGUUCUAGUAGAGGAAGAUCUUAUGGAACAUUAUAUCGAUCUUCGCAUAGAGCAUCACAUGGAACAUCGCAUGGAACGUCAUAUGGAUCUUUACAUAGAUCUCCACAUAAUGGAAUCUCGCAUGAAACGUCCUCACAUGGAUUUCCACAUACUGGAAACCACGGAGUUGGAGGCUAUGAAUUAUCUCAUAGUAAACCUUCUACAGGCAGUUUCCCUGGAUCUCAAAAUAAAAAUAUUAAUACAGAUCUUAUAAAAGCUGAGGGUGGGGGAGCUACACGACCAGUUCAAACAAAGCCUUCUGGACCAUUAUAUUCUCCUUCUGUUAUGCCUGAUGCUGUUGUAUCAAAACCAAAAGUUGCAACAGAAAACAAACAGACUUCACCUUAUCAUCCAUCUGCGCCCCAGGAAUCUAUUAUGAAAUCUUCUGCUGACACACUUCAAGGUCAUUCAACAAAUCCAGCCUGGAGCAAUCCUUAUUAUAACAAUAAAGCAACAGUAUCAACUGAAACACAUUCUCGAUGGAGCAAUCCUUAUUCAGAAACUAAUAGACCAUCUGUUCUAAAUUCUCAACCAGCUGCAUCAGGUGGUCAACCAUUUCCAAUUGGUUUCAAAGAUUAUCCACAGACUCGUCCAACUGUUGGUACUCAAUAUAAUCCAUCUGCAAAUGGACAUCCCCCUUAUCCUAUACAUCCUGUGCCUUCAAAUUCUAUCUCUGCUCCACAUUAUCCAACAAAUUCAAUGCCAUUAGGGAAUCCUUAUUCUACACACACUUCACCAUUCCAUUCAACAAAUUCAAUGCCAUUAGGGAAUCCUUAUUCUACACACUCCUCCCCAUUCCAUCCAACAAAUUCAAUGCCAUUAGGAAAUCCUUAUUCUACACACCCCUCUGGACCUGCCUUUAAUAUACCUGGACAAUCUCCUUCUUAUUAUCCACAGCAAACACACACAUUUGCACAACCUGCUGUACAGCCUUUCGUACCUGGUCAAACUAUUGUAAUGAUGCCUGGACAACAAGACUCUGGGCGAGGUUUGGGCCAAAUGGUCAAGGAAGCGCUUGUUUUUUCAACUAUUAAUGCGGGAGUAAAUAGAUUAAUAAAUCCUCAUACUCAUCAUUACGAAAGCAAACCUGUUGAUCCUGCUUCAGCAGCACCUACAACUCAUAUUACUUAUAACAAUCAAUAUUUCAAUACUGCACCUAAUGACAAUGACAAAAUGAAUUCCACAAAUGUAUCACAAGCAAAUGGGCUUUCUUCUCCAAUAGCGCCUACUUCAAAUGUAGGAGGUAAUAUUCCUUUAUCACAAAACAUACCAAACACAUCCAAUAUUCCUAGUUUAAGUUUAGCUGGAAGUGGAACAUCUAUUAUUGGAUCACGUGUAAAUGAGAAUAUAACAACUUCUCCAACUGAAGCCAAAAUGACAAGUGGCCAAAAUAAUGUACCUAAUAAUCCUGCUAGCAUAGGUAACUCAUUUUAUAGGAUCUCGGACGAUGAACUUUCUAAAAUAUCAGAAGAACUAUUUGCAAAAAAUUCGCAUAAUAUGUACAAGUACAUAAAAAUGAAUCUACAGACCCGAGUUACGUCUUCUAACAUAACAACGGAUGAAGCCACAGAACCAUUGUUCGAAGUAGAUCCAGAAUUAUUAGACUAUCCAUCAAUAUAUAUAACGCGAUCUCUAUAUGAUAACUACGGGCAUGAUUCCCGCAAGAAAUUAAAUCGCACUUUAGAAAUAAGAAAAGAGGAGAAUCUUCUAAUCGAUAUCUUUUUAAAUACAAACGAGAUGUCAAGAGCUAUGCAAUGGCUAGCUGAUCAUGGAUUCAUCGAUCCGGACGAUUUUGAAAGAAAAGACGUACUCCGUCGAAUUUGGUUCACUGUAUUUAGUGGAAGUACAUGCGGAUUCGAACGUGUGUUUGCAUCUGAAAAUUAUGGUACAGCCAUUAUUGGUGUACAAGAUUGGAUUUAUUUCGAAUACCAAGAAUCUUUGAAACGCAUAGAUUAUAUGGGCUAUAUAGAUAAACUAGAUCUUGGAAGUACUGCUUCAUUGAUAAAAUUAAAUUUCCAAAUGGAUGGAAUCGUUAGACCAAACGCAACAAUAUUUGUAGGUACUUUACCUGAGCUAGAGAUGGCUUUGUACACGAUAUGCUUUUAUGCAAGACCAAACAAUCUCUGUCCUGUUUCUCUCGGUGGCACCAAGUUUAAUAUCUAUACGCAUUCGUUUACAUAUUUCGGAACUGAAAUUAUAGACCUUGCUCUUCCAAUGUUCUAAUAUAAAUAUUUUAUCUAUAGUAGUUAUAUAUAUGUAGAAUUUAAUAUAAUGUGAACUACAUUGUUCUAUACAUGUAAACAAUAUAAUUAUCAGCAAUAAAAAUGAUUAAAAAAAUAA